UGCAGGUGGGAAGAGCCGACCGUGUCGCGCCGAGGGCACACCUUGAAGCCGUCGCGCCUGCCCGCGACGUUUCAACGGGCUCCACUGCCUGGUGCCACUGGUGCUGCCAGCACAGAGCCGCGCUUCACAUGCCUGCACGCUGCGCGAGCCUCUGCCACCAGCCACAGCGCCCGCUCGUGCCGUGCACCACAUCAACACCACCCACCACCCUCCGCCUCGCACCCACACGUGAAGACCUCCACCUCUCCCAGUCCGCCCAGUCGCCCUGUCCACCCUGUCCACACACACCCGCCCUCCGCCAACAUGGUUCUCGGCAAGGUUGCGCACUACGCCUUCGACGCCGUACUAGUCUCCGCCUUUCUCGCCGGCGUGCGCCGCUCCACUGGCCUCACUCCCAGUGUAAAGCCCGACCAGUUCAGCGACACCCCGAGCGUGCAGAAGUGGCUGGACAACUAUCUGUGGGUCGGCGAGACUGUCAUGGACCAGAGCGUUGCCUUCUUCGCCGCUUCGUCGUACUUUGAGCGCAAGCGAUGAGGUCCUCGUGUCGAGGAAAAGAGAGCGCCAAGGAGAGAUGGUAGUGCUGCGCAAAGAGACUGUACUGCUGCGUAAAGAGACUGUACUGCUGCGUGGGGACAUGACGGAUUGGAGCAGCCUUCCUGGCGAGAUGGCCGGCGUGUAGAACUGGCGUGAGCUGCCUGGGAAGAAAGGAACCGCCUUAUAGGCCAGGGACUCUAUGGUGCGGCGUUUGGGUAUUGCUAUGGUUAUAGCUAUGAUUGUGUACAUGCAAUAGUGUCAGCUUUACGCAGGCCUUGGUCCCUUUAUCAUGUGUCUCGCACGCUCGAUGCAAUGGAAUAUACUCAUA